UCACAAAAGUUGUACAGUUAAGAUUGAAUAGUGUGGGACAAAACCAGCUGUUCUUGUCUCCUUGAGAUUUUAAACCAUCCACCGAGUGGACAACCUUCGUUGAGGGUUUGUUUCUCCACAUAUACAUAUGACUGAUGACAAUGUUAUUUUAUUUAUUACCAUAUACUGUCCGUUUGGUGUUCAUUAUAUAUGUGAUUCCGCUAGUCUUCGGUGCUAAAGAAAAUAAUCCAAAAAUAUAUUCUUAUAAAGAGAAACAGAGGUACGAUGGAUGGUAUAACAAUCUUGCUCAUCCCGAUUGGGGUUCGGUUGAAAGCCAACUUACUAGAAGAGCACCUUCAUCGUAUUCUGAUGGUGUUUACAUGAUGUCUGGCAUUGAUCGUCCAAAUGCUCGAAAAAUCAGUUUACAGAUUUUAAAUGGUGAAGAUGGUCAAGGAUCUAUUCGUAAUCUGACAGCAUUGUUUGCUUUCUUUGGUCAAGUUGUAACCUCAGAAAUACUAAUGGCGAGUGAACCUGGAUGUCCCAUAGAAGUGCAUCGAGUUAAAAUUGAUCGUUGUGAUACAACUUACGAUAGAAAUUGCAAAGGAGCUAAAUAUAUGCCAUUCCACCGAGCUCUUUACGAUUCUAAAACUGGACAAUCUCCAAAUAAUCCUAGAGAACAGCUUAACCUGAUGACUAGCUGGAUAGAUGGUAGCUUUGUUUAUAGUAGUAGCGAAGCUUGGUUGAACAGCAUGAGAAGUUUCAAAAAUGGAACCUUGAGAACUGAUCACACCGGGCGUUAUCCCCCUAAAAAUAGAGAAAGAGUUCCAUUAUUUAAUUCUCCUCCUUCUCGAUAUUUGGGAAUGUUAACACCCGAACGGAUGUAUUUAUUAGGAGAUGCCAGAACGAAUCAAAACCCUGCUAUUUUGGCUUUUGGCAUUUUAUUUCAUCGAUGGCAUAAUGUUCUAGCUGAAAGAAUACAAAUCCAAAACCCAGAUUGGUCCGACGAAGAAGUAUUUCAACAAGCGAGAAGAUGGGUAAUAGCAACACUUCAGAAUAUCAUUCUAUACGAAUAUCUUCCUUUGUUUCUGGGGGAAGCAGUCGAACCUUAUAAAGGAUAUAAACCGGAUUUACAUCCAGGUAUAAGUCACGUGUUUCAGUCUGCAGCUUUUAGAUUUGGUCACACCACGGUACCGCCCGGGAUAUACAGAAGAAACGGACAGUGUAAUUUCCGAACAACGACUACAGGUUUUCCAGCAAUACGUUUAUGCUCUACUUGGUGGGAUUCGGAGGAAAUUUUGCAUGAAACUGGAGUAGAAGAAUUGUUAAUGGGAAUGGCAUCACAAAUAGCGGAAAGAGAAGACAAUGUCCUUUGUUCUGACGUUCGGAACAAGUUAUUUGGCCCUAUGGACUUUAUGAGAAGAGAUUUGGGAGCUUUGAAUAUCAUGAGAGGACGUGAUAAUGGAAUCCCUGAUUAUAAUACAGUUCGACAAAGUUUUCAAUUACCUCGCCUCACAAAAUGGGAAGAUAUUAAUCCAGGUUUAGCAAACGAGAAACCAGAUUUGUUUGAACAAUUGAAAACUCUAUACGAAGACAUAAAUAAAAUCGAUUUAUUCGUUGGAGGGAUGUUAGAAACUGAAUUAAGUGGUAGACCUGGUAUAUUGUUUCGAACCAUCAUCAAACAACAAUUUGAAAGAUUGAGAGAUGCGGAUAGAUUUUGGUUCGAAAAUCCGCAAAGUGGCGUAUUUACUCCGGAAGAGGUAGCGGAAAUAAGGCGUAUUACUAUGUACGAUGUUAUCAUUAACGCCACUUCUAUACGUAUUGGUCAGAUACAGAGGAAUGUCUUUUCGUGGCACAGAGGUGACCCUUGUCCACAGCCGUCCCAAUUAUCUUCAUCUAUGAUGGAACCGUGCGCCAUAUUGGACGGAUACGAUUAUUUUCAUGGAAAUGAAGUGGCAUAUAUUUAUUCUUGCAUAGCCUUGACUUUCAUUCCUAUCAUUUGCGCCGGUUUGGGUUACGGUGUUAUUAAGUUGCAGAAUAAAAGGAGAAGGAAGAUACGAUUGAAGCAACACAUCAAAAUGGAGAAACAUUUCGAAAAAUUGGGAAUUUCAGAUGUUAAGGAAUGGCUACAUCAGAACCACAAGCGCGAAGUGCAAGUGAAAAUAGGUCCAGAUGAAUCACUUUCGACUAUCAAUCGUAAAGGUGAGAUACUACGCAAAGUGGAUUUCAAAUCAGUUAAUGCUCUAGUCGUAGAAGAAACUCAAGAUGUUAAUAAGAAACCAAUGGUUUUGAUCAGAUCUCCAAGAGAUCACGACUUGGUGCUCCAGUUUGUUAAUUCACAAGUACGUCAAAAAUUCAUUAGUAAGUUAGAAAGUUUUCUAUUGAGCAAGAAAAAGACUUUAGAAAUUAUAAAAACCUAUAGAGAUGUUAUGUUAACAAAUGCCGAGACCAAAGAAAAGAGACAAAAAAGAUUAGAACAUUUCUUCAGAGAAGCUUACGCUUUAACUUUUGGUCUGAAACCAGGAGAGAAACGAAAGUUGGAAGACGUAGGUAAUGACGUUAUUAUGGUAAUGAGGACAUCUUUAUCUAAAAAAGAAUUCGCUGAAGCUUUAGGCAUGAAAGCGGAUUCGUUAUUCGUUAAGCAAAUGUUCAAUUGCGUGGAUAAAGAUAAAGAUGGGAGAAUAAGUUUUCAAGAAUUUCUGGAUACCGUCGUUUUAUUUUCUAGAGGUAAAACAGAGGAUAAAUUAAGAAUAGUUUUCGAUAUGUGUGAUGAUGAUGGAAAUGGCGUGAUAGAUAAACAGGAAUUGACAAAAAUGUUGCGUUCUCUCGUCGAUAUCGCUAAAACGAAUUCCUUGACCGAGAACCAAGUUAUGGAAUUAAUUCAGGGGAUGUUUGCAGCUGCUGGUCUAGAAGAUAAAGAAGAAUUAAAUUACGACGAUUUUAAAGUUAUGAUGAAAGAAUAUAAAGGAGAUUUUAUAGCUAUUGGUUUAGAUUGUAAAGGUGCAAAGCAAAAUUUUCUAGAUACAUCAACUAAUGUAGCUAGAAUGACAAGUUUUCAAAUAAGUCAACCGGCAGAAAGUCAAAAGGGAUUAAUUCGAAAAAAAUGGAAUUAUUUAUCGACAUUUUUAGAAGAAUAUCGUCAACAUAUUUUUUAUUUAUUCGUCUUUUACGUUAUUACACUUGUACUAUUUUUAGAAAGAUUUAUAUUCUAUUCAUACUUUACGGAACAUAUGGAUCUACGACACGUUAUGGGAUUAGGUAUCGCUUUCACUAGAGGUUCAGCAGCUUCCUUAUCUUUCUGCUAUUCUUUGUUGCUCUUAACUAUGUGCAGGAAUCUAAUUACUAAGUUACGAGAACUUCCUGUUCAUCAGUAUAUACCGUUAGAUUCUCAUGUGCAGUUUCAUAAGAUUGUUGCACUAACGGCUCUUGUAUUCACACUUAUUCACGUUAUUGGCCAUUGUAUAAAUUUCUAUCAUGUAUCCACUCAACCGCUGGAUCAUUUAAAAUGCCUCACCAAAGAAAUGCAAUUUGAAUCAGAUUUUAAGCCAACGAUAACAUUUUGGCUAUUUCAAACAAUUACGGGUAUCACGGGGAUUAUACUAUUUGCUAUUGUUUGUAUCAUUUUUAUCUUCGCUCACCCACGUAUAAGACAGAAAGCUUAUAGUUACUUUUGGACAACUCAUAGUUUAUACAUUCUGCUAUUUAUAUUAUCUUUAAUCCAUGGAUUAGCAAAAUUAACUGGGUCUCCGAGAUUUUGGAUGUUUUUCAUUGGACCCGGUGUUAUUUUCACUCUAGAUAAGAUAAUAAGCCUUCAGACAAAAUUUGUCGAGUUGGAUAUUUUGGAUACCGAAUUAUUGCCUUCCGAUGUUACCAAGGUUAAGUUUGCUCGUCCUCCGAAUUUCAAGUAUUUAUCGGGACAGUGGGUUAGACUCAGUUGCACAGCUUUUCGUCCCAGUGAAUAUCAUUCUCUGACACUAACAUCGGCUCCUCACGAAAAUUAUUUAUCUGUACACGUCAAGGCUCAAGGACCCUGGACGUGGAAACUUAGAAAUUAUUUCGAUCCAAAUAAUAUGAACAAUGCAAUUCUUCCCAAGAUAAGGCUGGAAGGUCCUUACGGUGGAGGUAAUCAGGACUGGUACAAAUUCGAAAUUGCAGUAAUGGUGGGUGGAGGUAUCGGUGUGACUCCAUAUGCUUCAAUACUCAACGACUUAGUUUUCGGCACCUCUACUAAUAGGUAUUCGGGAGUGGCGUGUAAAAAGGUAUAUUUUCUGUGGAUAUGUCCAUCUCAUAGACAUUUCGAAUGGUUCAUUGACGUGCUGAGAGACGUAGAAAGGAAAGAUGUGACGAACGUUCUAGAAGUUCACAUAUUUAUUACUCAAUUUUUCCAUAAAUUUGACUUGAGGACGACGAUGUUGUAUAUAUGCGAAAAUCACUUCCAAAGAAUAUCGAAUCGAAGCAUGUUUACUGGAUUAAAAGCAAUAAAUCAUUUUGGUCGUCCAGAUAUGACAUCAUUUCUUAAAUUUGUCCAACAUCAACACUCUUACGUAAGCAAGGUCGGAGUGUUCAGUUGCGGUCCUUCCGCUCUAACUAAGAGUAUUAGCACAUCUUGCGAAACAGUCAACAAGACGAGGAAAUUGCCGUAUUUCCUCCACCAUUUUGAGAAUUUCUAAAAAUUUUUUCCAUUUCUGUGAUAUAUGGUGCCAUCGAAUUUGAUUAAAAUAAUUUUUUUGUAAUUUAUUAUAUAUAUAUAUAUGUAUACAUACCUAAUUUAACAUCUAGAAAAGUUUUAUCCAAAAUCGAAAUUUUUAAGUCUAAAAAAACGUUUUAAAAUUAUUUAAAAUUUCUUUUUUAAACAAAAUAAAUAUAAUAUAAACGAUGCCAGUGAACAUGCCAUUUUUUACGCAAGAAAAUUUAAAGAAAAUGAAAGCCAAAGCGGUGUUAAACGUAAAAAAUAAAGGAAAAAUAAAUGUAAAGUUGGGGUAUUUUUUAGCCAAAAUGUAAAAAAAAGGCUACUACUUAAUUUUAUUAAUGAAUCGCAUAUUUUAUGUUCCUAUAAAAAUCUUAAACCAAAUUUUAACAGGUCUUUCUUCGUUUCUUUCUUUUAUUCCAAACAAAAUCUUAGCUUAUAAUAACAAGCUUAUUUAAAUCGAUUAUUCAAUUUGAAGUAGCUGUUUUAAGCUAUUUCUGCAAUGUAAUUAUAUAUUUUAUCGACUUCGAGCGUGUGUACUCGAAGCAGUAUUCAUUAUUCCUCCCAAACAACGGUAAUCGUGCAAUGUAUUUUUUUAAAAACAAUAAAAUUUUGUAUGUAAUCUGGAUGUAUAAA